AUGUCUUACCAGCAACAGCCGUACCAGCAACCUCCUCAGGGCUACUACCCUCCUCAACAGCCCCCUAUGCAACCCUACCCAAUGCAGGCGCCACCACCCCAAGAACCUCCAAAGCAAGAACGUGGCUGUCUGAUGUCCUGCUUGAUGAUGGCCUGUUGUUGUUUCCUCUGCGAGGAGACAUGCACAGGAUGUGCCGAAUGUCUCUGCUGUUGUUGCGAUGAUUAG